UUCGGGCGCGCCCUGCACGCAGGAAGCUUGACCAUACUAAAAAUUCUUGUUUACGCUAACUAAAAGUUAAAAAUAAUACUUUUACUUUCUUUUGGACAUGAACAAUUUUUAAGUGAUAGUGACAAAAGUGUAGUGCAAUAGCAGUUGGAGAGUCGACAGGAUAUUGUGCCUUUAGAUAAUCAACUGAGAUCAUCAUGUAUUGGAUUGCGUUGGCCUUAUUGGCCAUAAUGGACACUGCGCAUGCGCAGAUGACGGCCGAAGCUAACGUAGCACCAGAUUUGAGAGAGUGUUAUACAGACCCUGAGCUGCUGAAUAGAAACAACCUGCCGCCAGUUACGAUACAAGUUCUUAUUGACAUCAUACAAAGAAUAGAAGACAAUCCUAAUGUCAACGUUGACCUACGAGUACUUGCAGUUUUACUUCUUCACACGUAUCGACAAGAUGGGAUAGAGUAUCAUCAACCGGAGAUGGGUCUGAGCCAGUCAUCCAUUGUAUUACCGUUUGCACCAACUUUCCAUUCUUUCUAUCGUCAUAAGUUGCUGCUUACGAAGCUUAUUCCAAGCAAUCGGCAAUCACUGGACAACAACACUAUUUCAUCGCCUUUGAAGUGCGCUCUGCAUCACAUGUUGUCAACGACCGUGGAUUCUCGAGUAAGAGGCGAUGAGAAUACUUGCGGACAACUGUCUCAGUAUCGUGCAAUGAGAACUGCACGCUCAGCACCCUCUGCAGAGAACAAUGUAAAAGAAGACGUUGAACUUUUCUCCCCGACAGGAAUAAACUCGCACAGUGGACAAAUGAGACAAUAUGACCCUAACAGCGAUGUUGAAAUUAAUGGCUUUGGUGGGAGUAAGUACGAGCGUCAAUUACUAGGCGCGAGUACAUGUCCAAUAUUAGGCGGAGUUAUAAAUACUAAAUGGGGUGCAGUAUCUGCAGGCAAUCUGAUUGCGGGCAUAGCGGCGGGUGCACAGUUGCAGCAAACCACUGUCACAGAACUUUCUAGAGGCUUAGUUAAUGAGGUCGCUAAUGGUCAACAAUCAGUUAUUAAUCUCUACCCAGCUACGUUAUCAGGUGAUUUGGCGGAAGCUGUUCUCGUACAAGGUACUAAGGGAAGUAACACAAUCAACAUAGGUAGUACAGGAAAUUGGAACAGCUCUUAUGCUUCUAGAUAUUACAUGUUGAGCAGUCGUAACAAUGUCGAAAUGACUGACCCAGAGAUAAGGGGAGGGAUAGACGGCUUCAUCCUCGGGAAUCGUAUGAAUAACAUUUUGCAAACCUACGGCACGUUGAAACUGUCGCAAUUGCUUGAUAUGUACUAUAAUCCACGGAAUGGAGUUUUUGACUCUUCAGUGCGUGCAUGUAAUCGUCGGGAAAUAAGCAAAACUAUACUAAAUGAUAAUGAAUUAGUGGCUCAGAGUGAAGCUUUCGCCGCUGCUUUAAACGCGAAUAUGCCUCUACAAGGAACUUUAUUGACUGGUUUAAAUCAACUUGUAUCUAAUGCUGUUGCCAAUUUCCAAACUUAUACACAGAGUAAUUUAAAUGACCUAGAUUGUAUUAGUUCUGAACUCGGCAUCGAUUAUAGAACUAUCACCAAUUUAUAUAUUGUUUUGGAUACAACAUGGCCAUAUCAAACUAUUUACCCAGCGAUCACUUAUAUUUUGGAAUCAAUUGAAGUCGGCAAAUAUGGUUCCAGCGUGACUUUAUUAAGUGCAUAUGAUGGCAGUGUAGUAAUCAAUAAAACAUUUUCUUUGUCUGAAUUCCAUACAAAUUAUACACUGGCAACACAUCAGUCAAUGCUGUCAGGAGUGAAUUUGGAGAACACUUAUACGAAUAUAAAGAACAUGAUGCAAGCCACAUUACUAGACGAGUCUCGUCUCAAUUAUGUAGGUGGAAAUCCGACCGUCCUUUUGUUUCUUCUGAACUCAGGAAAUCUUGAAAUCAAUGAUGGUGUUCGUGAACAAGCACGAAUUAUAAAUGAAACUGUUCCAGAUCUGAGGGUUAUCUACGCGACCGCAAACAAUCAAUUCGACAACUUGUGGAACUUGGUGCGAGAUAUGUACAGUGACAUCCACGUAAUAUCUUUAUCGUCAUCUGGAACGAAUGUGGAAAAUACAUUAACUCCUGUGCUGGAUAAUAUUCGACAAGUCAGUAGAAGAAUUAUUAAUCCACUUUGUGGCUUCGAGUAUAAAGAUGAAUCUAGUGGUUCAAGAAUGUUAGACCAAUAUAUUGAACCCGGUUAUAUUAACUUUUACUCAAUAAGCCCUAAUUAUUUUUAUGACAAUAAUGACGACAGCAAAAUCAGAGUAAUUAGCAACACUGGUUCAGGAACUCUCACUGUAUGCUAUUCUCGUGUCGUGGCUCAGCCAAGGCGGAAUGCUACAGUUGCGGGUACUGAUGAUAGUUUAAUAACAUGUGAAGACCUCGUCACUAAUGGUAAUGUGGAAAUAAGUCUAAAGGAUGCGUGUGACGGGUACUCAACAAUUGGAUCGUGUCCAUUAUUUUACAUUUCCGUGCAGUCCACAGCUGCUUCCAUCGCAAAUCCUUUAUGUUCAAACAACAAUGUAUGCAGAUUCCCAUUUAACUUGAAAUUCCAGAUACAAACGGAACAACUCGGCUGCUUUAGCAGCGGCACUAGUAUUGCAGCGAGUUUGAUUUUUGUACUAUUCAUUCAAAUAUUUAAUAUCUUUAGAUCAUUUUAGUGAUAAUUUGCGUACACAGGAAUGUCUAUAUUAUAUAAUUAUAGUCAUUUAUUAAUACUAUAGGUCUAUAGAAUUUUUGUGUUCUUAAUGACAAUACCAACGAUAGCAUUAUGAAAUUUAACCUUUUUGUAUCUAAAUCAAUUUAUGUAUAAUACCUUACAAUUUAGUCUAUAAAGGUGUCAUGUAAAAAGUUUGUGUACAGUUCCGCUUAUAAUUGUAUAAAUUUAAUUUUAAUGAUUUUGUUUUAAUACAGGGUAGCCAUUAUAAAACAAUAAGAUUUAGUUGUAUUACUAAAAUCAGUUACCUUUUAUGUAGAAUUUAAUAGGAAUGUAAACUGCUGUGGAUUUUUUACAAUUAAUAAAUUAUAAUUAAGUACUAA